UGUUACGAUCAGCUGGCUAAAACUUGGACUAUUAGGAGAGUUUAACAAGAAAUCAUUAUGCAUUAAAGAGACUUAGUAGCCGAUUGAUGGCUCAUUAUUUCUGUUUAUGUCUUUUAUCUGCUGAAAGGCAUGUUUUCUGCGUUACGUAAAUUAACUAAUCGCGCCACUUCCGAUGGAGGAGGUGGAAACCUACCUGCUCCUGCUGGAGGAGUUCAAACGAUGGCUGCCUCAUUACAGCGACGGUUUGCAAGAGGGGUUCAAUAUAACAUGAAAUUGGUCAUACGAGGAGAUCGAAAUGUUGGCAAGACUUGUCUCUUCCAGCGUCUCCAGGGCCGCCCUUUCAUUGACGAGUACUCACCCACUGAUGAAAUUCAGGUGGCCUGCAUCCAAUGGAACUACAAAGCCACAGAUGAUGUGGUGAAAGUGGAAGUCUGGGAUGUUGUUGACAAAGCUAAGAAAAGAAAAAAGGUUGAUGGCCUGAAACUUAGCAAUGUGGAAACAAGUCCAGAAAAUGAAGAUGAAGGGGUGGCUCUGGAUGCAGAAUUUCUUGAUGUUUACAAGGGAGCGAAUGGCGUCAUCCUCGUCUUUGAUAUCACAAAGGCUUGUGCUGAACUAGACAGUGCAGAGCCUGUGUUGCUGNAGAAGAGGAAAGCCACCAACAACAUUCCGUCUGCUGCAGUUUCCCCUUCUGCACCUGCUGCUCCUCCUGCAAAGCCUCACCCUCACGCCCCUCCUGCAUCAGUGCUACCAGAGGGCUCAGGCGAGGUGGUGGUAUGCGAGUCGUCCAUGAGGAACGGCUUUGGGCUGAAGCUGGUGCACAGGUUCCUGAACCUGCCUUUCCUGGCCCUGCAGCGGCACACUCUCCUGGGGCUGCUGCGCACCAACGCCUGCGACGCGCGCGCCACCAUGCAGGAGCUCGAGGCCUGCCAAGAGACCGAGGAGGCCGACUAUGACAGGUUCAUGGACCGCCUGAACGAGAAGAGGAAAGCCACCAACAACAUUCCGUCUGCUGCAGUUUCCCCUUCUGCACCUGCUGCUCCUCCUGCAAAGCCUCACCCUCACGCCCCUCCUGCAUCAGUGCGUGCACCUAAACCAGCACCUGCAGCAGCAGCAGCAGCAGCAGCAGCAGCAGGGGCUCCUGUCGUGCAAGCAGCGGCUACUUCGUUGCCAGUUCAUUCCGCGGGCAAAAAACUUGUGCCAUCGAGCGUUCCGACCACCGCGGCCUCCACUACCACUACAGCCACCAGAUCAGUCAAUGGCAGACUAGAGGAAAAUAUUCUACGUUGUAACGUAUGCUUGUAG